AACAGCACGGGGAGUCCUAUAAAUCCAUGGCAGCUUUUAAAGAUGACAGCCCACUCCUGACAUCUUACUCCUCAACCCAUGGCGGACUAAAGAUCACCCAUCCAAGGCCUCUUAUUUGAGUUCUCACUCUUUAGUUUUAACGUAACACAGAGGAUUUGUCUUACAAACGGCAAAUAACACCAGCUUUUUCAACUCCAUGACUGUCUACAAUAACAGACAUGAGGAUGGAAACUUUCUCCAGAGCGCAGCUUCUUCAGGAGUUGAACUGGCAGUGCAACAAACUGGCUGCUAAAGACAACAGAGGAUUUAAACAGGAGUUUGAGGAGAUGAACGAUGUUGGGAAAGACUUCCCUGUGAGGGCAGGACGUUUGGAAGCCAACAGGGACAAAAACAGAUACCCUUUAGUUUUGCCGUAUGAUCACAGUCGGGUGAGGCUGUCUAUCCAAAACCUAAAUCCAAAUUCUGACUACAUUAAUGCAAAUUUUGUGCCUGGAGGAGGAUCAGAAAGAGACUUCAUCUGCACCCAGGGUCCUUUGUUCAACACCAUAAAUGACUUCUGGAGGAUGGUGUGGGAGCAAAAUGUCAGGAUAAUCGUCAUGGUGACAUCUUUGAGAUACAAGAACACAGUUCUGUGUGAUAGGUACUGGCCCGUGGAAGAGGGAACAGAGUAUUAUGGCCUGAUCCAGGUGACAACAGUGACCUGCAAACAAGGUCCUGAUUAUUUAAUCACAACCAUCAACCUGCGACAGAGGGACAGCCCAACAGACAGGAUCAUCACACACUACUACUACCCGUCCUGGCCAGACCAGGGUGUCCCAAACGUCCCUUCUCUCUGCGCGUUUACAGAGUGCGUGCGGCAACAUCUGGAGGCCGUUCCCCAUCUGGGGCCAGCUGUGGUGCACUGCAGCGCAGGUAUUGGUCGGUCGGGGACAUUUGUGACUUUGCUGUGGAUGAUGCAGCUGUGUGUCAGGGGGAUCCAGCCUGGGAUUAAAGCUGCUGUCAAGGACAUGAGGCAGCACCGAAUGUGGAUGGUCCAAACGCUGGAGCAGUAUGUGUUUAUUUAUCGAUGUCUGGUACACUGGCUCGCUGGAGGACGGUCAGAAAGGCGACAGAUCCAGGCAGCCGGCCCAAACACCAGCCAGUACAGUAAGAAUCGACCACAGAGCUCCCUAGCGAAGGACCAUUCAGGGAGGAGGAGACGACACCGCAAUCAACAGAAACCUCCACCAGACCCACCACAGAACACCACGCUGCAGAUUUUUAACCCUGGGAACCUACUGAGGAGGUUAAUACCCUCCUUAUCGCAAACAAAUCAGAAAUAAGGAAAACAAUCCAGUGAAUGAACCUAUAUAUAUAUAUAUAUAUAUAUAUAUAUAUAUAUAUAUAUAUAUAUAUAUAUGAGGACAAGCAAGACACCAGAUUGAAAAUGGAUGAACUGAAACAUUGUGAUUCCCUCAUCCGGCUCCUCCCGUGGUGUCAAAAGACUGCAGAAACAAUGUGUUUACAGUAAGAGGAACAGAAAACUAAAAGGCAGAUCAACGCUUUACCCAGACACAGCAGUUGGUGUAUCUAGAAGGAAAGAAAUGAGGAAAUAACCUUCAUCACCUGGUGAAACCGGUUAUUCUGCUAAUCAAAACGAUUCAUUAGAAAACGAACCGUUGGCAUGCAGUGACGCACUUUCCACUCCGAGGCAAACUAUUUUUUAAUACCACAGAUUUUUUUGUGUGUUCUGUUUAACUUCCACUACUGAUAAAAGUGCUGUUGUGAGAUGA